AUGUCGUCUUUCACUGCCAUUAAUGUCAGUGACGAUGAGCUCGACAUUGAGGAGCACACUAGAGAGCUGCAAAUUGAAAAAGCCUUGGAGGUAUUUGAUGAGGCUUUGAAAGCUCAGAAGGGUGCUGAUUUGGACAAAGCUAAGGACAAGUUCGAUGAAUUAUUUAGAAUUGAUAUCAUCCAAUCAAGAAAUGACUCAAAUAAUCCUACCAUUGAGCAAUUGAAGUACUUGGCUUAUAGAAACAGAGGGUUUCUCGGAUUAACAAAAUUGUUCAGAGAGUCUGAAGCCGCGGUAGCAGACGACCACAGUGACGACGUUGAAAGAAAGUUUGAUCGACUGGUGCAGUCAAUGGGGGAUCUUACAACUGCUUUGGAGCAUCAAGAUGGUGAUCUUAAAUUGAUUCAGCUUGUGUCUGAACUUUUUGCAUACUUUGGGCUCGAUCGCUUGGCGAGGUACGGUUACGAAUACAAAUUCAUAGGAGCCCAAGAAUCUUCUUCGGUGACCGCUUCCAAUGGAGAUGAUUUGAAAUGGAAUUUGUCUAAUCCAAGAGCCCUUUUACCUAAUCAGUUAUAUCUCAUCAAACAGUACAAGGAUCUGUUGGAUAAAUUGGAUGAUAAGGUGCCCGAGAUAUACAAUAAAAUAUCGUCGCUACUUUCCGAUAGUACAUACAGUCAGAUCCUUUCCACAUGGAAGUCAAUGACUCUUGAUUUUGGUAGAGUGGUACCUAAGGAGAAAUUUUCUGAACUGAGAAGGUCUCAAAAUGAUUUCAUAGUGAUAGAGCUUUCAUACUAUGGCCAUCUACUGGAUUUAACGUCACUUUUACGAGACCUCAACGGAAUACUACCCAAACCCAAGGGCAGAACAAAAAUAUAUGAUAACUACAUGUUAACUGCGGUGCCCAUAGAUAGUAUCACUUUCAAUUUAACAAAACGUGACAGCAUCAGUGCGAUCGAGCUGACUGAAGAAGGAGACAAGAAGGAGUCGGACAACACUGUUGUGAUAGUCGACGAUGUAGAAGAUGAAUUAUUGACAGCUUCGAAUACCUUGUCUGAUCCCACCAAGGCUGCAGGUACUACAAUGUCUGAACCUGGGAAGUCCUUGAAUCCUGAGGAUCUCACCCCUGCACAACGAAUUGCCGCAAAAAGACUUGCAAGAACAAGGUCUGAAGUGAACUCGAAUGAACUCACUCCCGAAAUGUUCCAAGAUCAGGCCAAAUUCAUCCAAAUUUUAGCUCAGUAUUUGAAGCUUUGUGGCGUGGAAAUAAUUCCGGAAGAUCUGAUCAGUGUCGUUGUAUCUGGAUCUAUAUACAUUAAAAAGGUCGAUGCUAGAGUGGUUAGCUUCCAUCAUUGGAUGGAUAAGUGGGAAAAUCAACAGACAGAGGCCUUUCUUGUGAAGUUUGAAGAUGACCGCCAUCAGAAAGACGGCAGCAAAAGUAGUACCAAGAUGAGUGGCAACGCCUACGAGGAAGAAAGGAAUGCAUCCAUUAAAGAAAUAUUGAACUCUACCACUAUCAAAGUACAAGCAGCCGAGAAGGUGCCUUUGGUGGAUCUCGAUGAUGGAAAGUUGCUUCAUCUAGUGGAGGGAAUGAACUCUCAGACCCUUCAUUUGCAGCAAAUCCGUUGGGGCAUUGUUCAACAUUUGUAUGGACUCCACGGUAGUCAUGGUGGCACGCUUAUUACAGACGGAACCGUUAAUAAGGAAACAAUGCAGAAUUUUCGAACCUUUGUGGAUUCUUUGGACGUCAUGAUUUUCACAUAUUACAAGAAGCGGCUUGAUUCUUCAAACGAAGAACUCAGGGUUACUGAGCAGUUCAUCAGUUCGUUGAAUAUCUCGGUUUCUAUCCUGGAGACUUUAGUUGAUACCUUUCUAAGCGUUGAAAAUGAGUUGAGGCUAAAGAAGGUCACCAGUAGAGUCAUUAUAGGAGAUCUUCAAUCUUCUGAGACAGUUCUAAAACGGCGAAUUGGGAACUGGCAGAAACUAUUGGAAGGCUUCUUUUCUGUGGUCGACGGAGUUGUUGAUGACAAAAGAUAUUUACAAUUGUUAACUCGGUUCGAAUGGGCAAAAGUGUUCUAUAUGCAACACCAAAAGGAAUUCGAUGCCAGUCUUGGCUCUAGCUUGUUGAAUAAGAUGCACAGCAGAUUUGUGCAAGAAUUGGAUCUAAAUGUGUUGAUGGUCAAUUAUGAAUUUUUGCCUCGGCUUAACAGGACAAGCAUAGAAACUCAACUUUCCAAGCUUAAAAUAUUGGAGGCUUUCACUAACAACAAGCAGUCAAACAAGAUCUUGGAGAAUAUUUUGCUCAAAGGAAGUUCGACCAAUUGUGGCUCAGAGUCUACAGUUGAAUCUGAAAUGGGGCAGUUAGUGAAAAGAUCUUCGGUUGAUUUGAAAUUAAGACUAUGGAGCGUGUUGUUGACAUACUAUGAGAAUGAUCAUGAUUUUAAAGCAUACAAAGUCGGAUUUCAUAGUGCCCUAAUGACAAUGGUAGAAGAGAUUAGCUUGGAAAAACUCUCUAGGAUGAAUAGCACUGCACAGAUGAGCCAGGUGCUUAGAACGCUUCGAUUCUUUGGACGUCUAUCCGGGAAUUAUGUGAGAGUAUUAUCACUUAACGGAUGGUCUGCCGAGACAGAUCAAAGUGACGAAGCAAAUCUCAAAGUGUUUGAAAACCUAAUAUUGUUCUUCAAACUUGUGUAUAUCUUCUUGCUACGUGAGGAUGCAACAAAACUUCCACCUUACAAAAAGUCACUUAAGAAGAAGUCCGCAAAAUCAUAUGAGACAUUAUUGGAUAUCUCCGUACUGACAUUCACUCUAAUGCUUGUAUAUUUUGACUUAACAUUAAAGGAAAGGUCCCCAGAGCAUAUUAACGACUUUUGCAGCAUCAUGCACGUGCAACUUGGGUUCAGACACAUAUGCAACAGUGCCGGUGGGUUGUUUCUACAAUUCAUUCAAGACAGGCUUUCAAAGAUGCUAUGGGAUUCUUCCGAUCACGACUUCUUUCAGCUGAUUCAUUGCCGGUACAACAUUCCGGUAACUAUGGAUGACUACGAGACAUUUGAUCACCAAUCUGAGAAACAUGAAAUGACCUCUGAAGAUGCCUUGGCUGUAAGUAGAUAUGCGAUACCAUAUUGCUACAAGAAAAAACACCCAAUGUUCAAUCCGCCUAGAAGCGACAUUAAGUUGAUUUUGGACUUGGUUUACGAUACUUUGGGCGACCUGGACUUAGAGAAUUCUGAAGUCUCUAAAAACUCUGACACCUUGACUGAGUUCUUGGAUAACACCACACUUGAUAUGAAUUUCAUGUCAGGAUCAUUUAGCGGAACGCUACAAAUUGGUAUUGAAUCACCUCAUACCGCGCAUAUAGCAGUUGCACAGGCCGAAGUUUACUUUAUGCAGGGAUUAAUGGCACUUCAUUUAUUCAAAAUAAGGAAGAGAGCUAUGCAGGGUAGGUCUGCAGAACUUGACUUUGUCAUUAAAAUGUUUCAGGAAAAUUUGUCUUCUGGGUCCAACAAGUUUGAGAGCUGGCUUUUCUUAGGGCAAGCCUACUCAUACCUAGUAGAAGAUGACAUUAUAUGGACCUCAGACAAGUUGAAUAACGAGGAGAAGAAACGAUACACUGCUUCCGUGCAGAAGCAAUCUUUGUUAUGUUAUUUCAUGGCCAUUAGUGUCUUCUGUUGUUUAGAUGAACCCGCCAAGGAGCAGAUUAAUCUAAUUGCGUCCGUCUUGUGGAACUGUCUCGGCAAGGAAUUGUAUAGUGCCUGGAUGAAGCCGAUGGAUAAGUUGGCAUUUCGGGUGACUUCUUCUCAUGCACAUCUAUUGGGCUCUCCUUUUCCUUCAAAUUCUACUGUGAACGAGGGUAAUGAUGCUCCAAUCUUGGAUAGAUCCCGCGUCAUAUCUGAUAUGACUGCUUUUAAGAUUAUUUCUUUAGUUUUUCGAGAGGCGUGCAAGUUGGACAGCAGUGACUGGUACAAUUACAUGUACUUAGCCAAAGCACAAUUGAAGCAAAGGAGCGAUACCCUUGUUAAUCCGAUAGUGAAAAACAUUUUGACUUCAUGUGAUUUGGCAAUUGAGAACAGUAGUAGAGACGAUCCUAUUGUCGAGCCGCACUAUCUUCUUUGCUCUGUGGUACUCAAGUACGUUAUCCAAGGCAAAUUUGAUGCGCAAAAGGGAUUCGAUAUCCUCAAGCGUGAUGUUCUCUUCGAUGAGUUAACAAAGACCGAGAAUCAAUCUACUAUUACAUCGAUUCUUUUCUUUAAGUUGGUGAUUCAGGCUCUAAAGAAAUGUAUAUCAUAUGAUAAGAAAAAGUGGCAGCACAAACCGCGGUAUCGAAUGGCCAAGAUCUAUUUGGAUCAGUUGAAUGAUGUUGAAUCGUGCAAGAAGGAAAUGGAUAAUAUCAUCAGCCUCAAAUCCACCAUUCGCAGUUUGAGUACGAUCUGGAAACCUGAGAACGAGAGGCCAGGUAAGCAUUUUGUUUACAACUACAUUUACAUCAACUUUUAUGUGGACUUAUUGGAUAGAUCUGGUGAGAUCUACCUUUUGACCCAACUCAUCAGAAAAUUGAGAAAGUUAGGUUCGAGUAUGAUCAGUCAGAUCAAGACAUUUGACUACGCAGUUGCCAGGGCGUGUGUCAUGAUUAAGAAGAUAGCGCAUAUUCCACGUGGUUUCCUUGAUGAGCAGAUCACCAGAAUGGUAUAUUCUGAGUUUGUCAAAUAUUCCAAGGAGUUUGUAAAGAAUCUGGGAUCCCGUGAAGAUUUCAGCGUGCAAGAGAAGACUGUUUUCUAUUUUCUGGAAGAGAUAGCUGGAUUCAGAAGAAUGGCAAAUGGAUUUGGUGCCACAGGAAUCAUUGAUGAAUGCUACCAUAGUUUAUAUCUCUUGAUUUUUAUGCCAUAUUUGGACAAGAGGUUGGCGGAAGCUCUCCAUCACUCUAGUUUUGAAGCUCCUUCUUCUACGGAAAUAUCUUCUCGUAUCGAGUUCAUCACCAACACAGACUCGAUACGAAAAUCGCCGAAUGGUAAUCCAAGGGAAAAAAUUAGAGUGGCUAGGAGAGACAUUACACCUUAUUGUGUUCAACUACUAGGCAGCAUUCAUAUAGUGCUAGAUCAACUGAAGGAAGAAUUUAGUAAGGGCAACCGAUUGCCCUAUGAUAAAGAAGAUGUGCUGUCUAAUCACCAGUAUGAUGAUUUGGACUCACUUAAUAUGGUCGAGAGGACAAACGAGGAUGGCACAUUUUCAAAUGGUAGUAAAGAAGAGGUUAAGGAGCUUAAUGAAUUGACGAGGAAGUUUUGGGGUCAGGAGAUCGAGGAGAAGAUUGAUGAGGCAGAGAGCUCUACACCAAAUACGAAGCUGAUGAAUCUUUCGUCCAAAGUUUCUGAAGAACCUUUAAAGCCAAGGCUGAAGCCUACUGAAGCAGAGUUGGUUACUCCUGGUAACUCGGCGGCAGUUCCCGUUUUGAAAGUGGGGAUGAUAGAUACAUCACUAUCUUCUGAUACACCAGAUGAGUUUGUGGAUGCUUCCUCCUCUUCACACGUUAAGCAUCAGUCGUGGUUAACCCAAUUCUUUUCCUCAAAGCCAAAGCAAAGAGAUAGUGAAGGCCCUGCACCAAAGAAGAGGAAAUUGGUCAUUUCCAAAAAACUGGUGAACCCAGUGGGACCUAUUAUUGGCUCAAUUAAAGAGACCGAAACAGAAGGAGUUAAGGAGAGUUCUAAGGAACAGUCUAAGGAACAGUCUAAGGAACAGGUUAUGAAAGUCCCUGAAGAACCUCAAAAUGAACUACCUACGCAUGUCCAUGAUAGUGAAGACUCACCUAUAGUAAUCGACUGA